AUGAACUCAAAUAUGUUGCCAACCAUUACAAGAGUAAAGGACGCGAAAGCUGUGGAGACAAUAGAUUUUAUACCGAGUGAUGGGGUGCCGAGGACUGUGCGCCUGGAUGUGGCAAAGUUGUCGAUCACAGUGAAAGAUCUGAUUGAAAGCACGGGCGACUUCUCAAAACCGGUGCCUUUGGUUCAGGUGUCCGGCAAAAUAAUGGACAAAAUCAUCGAAUAUCUCAAUCAUCAUAUCGACGAUCCCAUCGAUGAGAUGGAUUCGGACGACGAGGACGCCAAUGAUCUCAAGAGGAGUGAUCUCAUCAACGAAUGGGACAAGACUUUCAUGAAAGGUAUGGAUCGCGAGACACUGUUUGAUCUGCUUUUGGCCGCAAACUAUCUCGACAUCAAAGCCCUGUUAGAUCUCGGCUGCAAAACAGCUGCCAAUCAAAUCAAAGGCAAAACUCCCGAAGAGGUGCAACAGUUGUGGGGAAUUGAAUGCGAUUUGACUGAUGAGGAGAUCCAUGAGCUUAAGAAAGAGAAUGCUUGGGCUGAAGACAAUUGA